UCAGAACUUCAUCCGGCUUUCACAUACCACCCCCCCCUCUCUCUCUCUCUCUCUCUCCCUCUGUGCAGAUUCUGAGUUCCCAUUUGUAGGUCGGUUAGUGUUAGAAAUUUCAAAGGGAAGCUGGAUAGUGAGCAACAAUUUUGCUAUUUCAACUCGGUUGGGAUUAUUAGCAAACAGUUUUGGCUCACACAUCAUAGCAAGUAUAGUGUUUUUUCCGAGCACGACCUGUGGCGGAGGCCAAGAAAUGCAAGACAUCCACUCAAUUGGUGGCGGAGCCCGGUUAUUUAGCGCUGGAGGUGGUGACCGGAGGUUGAGGCCGCAUCACCACCAGAACCACCAAGCGUUAAAGUGUCCUAGGUGUGAUUCACUUAACACCAAGUUUUGCUACUACAACAACUACAACCUCUCACAGCCACGCCACUUCUGCAAGAGUUGCCGCAGGUACUGGACUAAAGGCGGCGUCCUACGCAACGUCCCUGUGGGCGGUGGCUGUCGCAAGACGAAGCGUUCCAAGCCCAAACAACCAACCUCGACCGCAGAUACUUCCUUCACGUCAACUAAUACAGCAACCACUACUACCAGCGCGACACCACCGUCGCAGCAGCAGGAACAACAACGAGAGCGGAAAUCAUCAAAUUCUCAUUCUAGCAGCGCAAGCUCCAGUCUGACAGCCACAAAUACUACAGCGGGUAACACUGGUAUAGAAGCAGUUUCCGCGCAUUCUUCGUGCUCUGCCUCUAAUAAUAUACUGCACGGAAUUGGUGAAUCUAAGCUAUUUGCACAUGCCAACAUAAAUCCAAGCUUUGAGCCUGGGUUGCUGCAGCAAGGAUCGGACUGUGGGAUCUUCUCCGAUAUUGGAAGCUUUACAAGCUUAAUUACGUCAACAAAUGAGCAGUUGCACUUUGGAUUUAGUAACAUACUGAAUCAACAGAAUCUUGAUCACGUGCAAGAGAACCAGAAUCAGCAGUGGCAACUUCCGCAGCAGCAGCAGCAGCAGAUGGUGGAUAUGAGUGGGGAGGAGAUAACGGGAGGGUUGAUUGAUCAGACGGUUCACCUCGAGUUAUCAGCUCUGCAGAGUAAUACAUCAGGUAAUGGGGAGUUUGGGCCAUUGGAUUGGCAGGGCGCUGGAGGUCAAUGUUUGUUUGAUCUUCCUAACGCCGUCGAUCAAGCUUACUGGAGCCAGAGUCAUUGGACUGAUCAGGAUCCCUCCAGUCUGUAUCUCCCGUAAUUUGCUUUACUUUUUAACUUCAAAAAAAGGAAUUAAAAAAGAUCUCUCAAAAACAUUACAAAAGAAGAUAAUUUGAGAGUUUUAUAUGAAAAAUAUGAAUAUGACUGCUGUGUCUUUUAUGUAAUUUUUUCAAUAUUCAUUUUCUUUUAUUUUUCUGGGGUUUA